AUGCGAAAUGCCGCACGGCCAGGCACACACGCAUCACCGUUGAACCAGGUCGUUGCGGACAUGGCCAAGAUCAUGUCCCAUCGAAUAGCAAUGGACCAUCCUAGGUUUUUUGGCUUUAUUCCUUCUCCUGUCGACGAAAACUCGUUCCUGGGGAGCAUACUCACCACCAUGUAUAAUGUCGGCGCCGGUAGUUGGUAUCAGAGCUCUGGUGCCAGUACCGUGGAAGAUUCUCUCAUCAAAUGGCUGGCUGAACAAGCCGGGUUUCCAUCAUCAUCCGGUGGUAUUUUCGUAUCGGGAGGUUCAGUGGCCAACUUGACGGCCAUUGUAACCGCACGCGAUGCCAAAUUGCAGUUCGAACAGAGGCCAAAGGCAGUCAUUUAUAUGUCUGAGCAAACACAUUCUUCAAUGGCAAAGGGCAUAGUCGUGGCGGGCUUUCAUCGAAACCAGAUCCGUCGCGUCGAAUGUGAUUCAAAUUACCGAAUAAAACCCUCCAGCCUUCGGCAACAGAUUGAAAGCGACAGGAAGAAUGGCUUGAUACCAUUCAUGAUCGCAGCAACUUGUGGUCUUACCAACACCGGAGGCAUUGACGACUUGAACGGGCUCGCUGAUAUAGCUGAAUCCGAAAACUUGUGGCUUCAUGUCGAUGGCGCAUAUGGAGCAUCGAUACUUCUCUCAAAGACACAUAGGCACUGUGCCGACGGUAUUGGUCGCGCAGAUAGUUUGACGUGGGAUGCUCAUAAAUGGCUGUUCCAAACCUACGAUUGCGGCCUGAUACUCGUCCGAGACAAGCGCGAUCUAGUCGAAAGCUUUGCCACGGGCGCGUCUUAUAUCCGGGACGCGGAUGAAGCCUCCUCAGAGAAGGUCAACUUUUGGAACCGAGGGAUCGAAAUGUCUCGACCGGCUCGGGGCAUGAAGCUCUGGUUCACACUUCAGAGAUUGGGCCUCGACAAGGUUAGCGAUAUGAUUGACCACGGAGUCGAUCUCGCAGAAUUCGCGGCAUUGGUCUUCCGAGGCUUUGAAAAUUGGGAAAUUCUCUCGCCAGCCCAGCUGGGGAUUCUCAAUUUUCGUUAUGUUCCGCCUACUUCACAGCUUCCAGGUAAUGGCGUGGAUUUCGAUCAGUUCUGCGAUAAAGUGAAUGCAGAGAUAUCGCGAUUGGCGGUGGAACGAGAUAUUGCAGCACCGCUGACGACGAGGAUUACCAAAGUGUUGAACCUGCGCAUGUGCACCGUCUCUCCUCACUUGAGUAGAAAUCAGCUUUUUGAGGUGAUACAAAGUCUGGAUUCCGUUGCGAAGGAAGUUUCGGCCUCAUUUGUGAAGAAGAGGAUUUUGAAGAUUUGA